ACAAUUCUUUUUAACAGUCGGACACAAAAUGAAGGUCAUCCAAAAUGGUUCGUUCUGGGCGUUGGACAAGUCAUAAAAGGGUUAGAUAUUGCUAUGAUGAGUAUGUGUCCUGGAGAAAAACGGAAAGUCACCAUCCCUCCAUCACUAGCAUAUGGACAGCAAGGAUACGCACAGGGCAAUAUUCCACCCAAUGCAACACUGAUCUUUGAGAUUGAACUUUAUGCAGUAAAUAAGGGACCUCGCAGUGUUGAAGCAUUUAAUCAAAUAGACAAGGACAGUGACAAGAAACUUUCUCAACUUGAGAUAAGCCAGUAUUUGAAAGAAGAAUUUGCAAGAGAUGGCAAAAAACGUCAUCCCUCAGUCCAUGAUGAAAUCUUAGCUGAUAUAUUUAAGAAGAAUGACCAUGAUGGAGAUGGUUUCAUAUCAGCAAAGGAAUACAAUGUCUACCAGCAUGAUGAACUCUAA